GCAGCACUGGGUGGGUGACUCCAACAAGCUGAGCUGAACCUGCUGUUUGAAAGGCGAAUCCCCAUCCUGGGCCCAGAAGAACAAAACCCCUUCAGCUGUCUCCACACAGCAGCGCUCCUAAUACAGGAGGCCCCCGACUUGUGACCGCCCGAAUUCCGACCCCCCACGUUCCAACCCCCUUCACUUAGAACCGUUUUUUUAAGGGCAGAAGGGGCCGGAAACCCGAUUUACGUCCUCGGCCUGCAUUUGUGACCGGGCACGGUGCCUAUCCUAAAUGAGCAUUCGAGUUACGACGCCCCCAACUUAUGACACUUCCCAAGGAACCAAUCACGUCGGAAGUUGGGGGCCUCCUGUACAUCCCGUCAAAUGUUUCUCUUCCCAGCUUUCUCCUUGUUCUCUAAAAAUGCUGAGGAAGAGGAAAGGACCCGGGAAGGGGAGAGUGCAGGAACUGAAGACUCCAUUAUAUUCCUUUUGAAAAAAGCCAAGCUCAGCAUCAUGAAGGGCGAGCUUGAGGAAGCAGAGCGGAUUCUGCAUCAAGCUGCUAGACUCUCCCAUCAGUCGGACAACAAGAGAGCCAUCAUCUACACCUAUGACCUGAUGGCGAACCUUGCGUUCCUGAAGGGCCAGCUGGACAGCGCAGAGAAGCUCUUUAAAGCAACAAUGAGUUUCUUGCUGGCGGGGGACAUGAAGCAGGAUGACAAUGCCAUCAUUGAGAUGUCCCUCAAGCUGGCCAGUAUCUAUGCUGCUCAGAACCAACACCAGCUGGCUCUGGCUGGCUACGAGUUCUGCAUCCAGACCCUGGACGAGAAGAUGGCCAAGUACAAGGACCUGUCUGAGGACGUCCUCUCCGCGGAGGAAAGAGCCAACACGAAUCUCCUGCUUGGUCUGAGCCUGGACUCGUUUGGCCGCUACCUGCUGGCCAAUAAACAGCUGCCUAGGGCCCAAAGAAUGUACGAGCGGGCGCUGCAGAUCUCGCUGGAGGUCCAGGGAGAGAUGCAUCCCCAGACUGUGGUCCUGCUGAGCGACUUGGCCACGGUGCUGGACGCCCAGGGGCGCUAUGAGGACGCCUACACGCAUGGGAAGAGGGCCUUGGACUUGGCCAAGCAGACAGCACACCCCGAGGAGCACAUGGUGCUGAAUAACCUGGCGGGAAUUCUCAUGCACCAAGCGCAGAAGACUUUCUGCAGGCAGAACAGAUGUACAAAGAAGCCCUGAGCCAGGCCGAACUGAAAGGCGACACGGCAUCCGUUCAGCACAUCCGACAGGAGCUAGCAGAGCUGGCCAGGAGAAGAAAGCAGUCCCGCUGAUGCACAGAGGAGGGAGGCUUGAAGCCUCUUGGACUGAACUGCUGCAGCCACGGUGGCGGGUUUGGAUUUUAGAGCACGGGAAGGCUAAGCCCUCUGUUUUAAUUCCCCUUGGAAACAGUAACAAUUACAAGGGGGGAGGAAUGAGCUGCUGCUGGCUGGCUUUGGCAAACUCCAAAUAAAGGUUUGAAGUGCUCCCUGCUCCGCGUGCACGUCUCCGCCCCGCCUUGUGCUUGGAUUACCAAGUUGAAAUGUCCCUGCUCUGCUUUAGGCUGCAGCGCCCCUGCACUCAGUGUUUAUGUUGGCCCCAGGCUCAGAACUGUAGUGCCUUUAAAAACAAAAAAACAAACAAACCAGGGAGCCACCUGAUGAGCCAGCCCAUAAAACCAUCCCCAGAGAGAGCAGGGCUCAUGCCCAGCACAGCACCAUGGAGAUGUUUAGGUAGGUGGAAGGAGCACAAGGGGGGGGUGGGUGAGCAAAGAGAGGGAGAAGGAAUAGUAAGAAGCAGGUUUGUGUCUGCUCUUAAGUGAGCAUGACUAGGAGCUAGAAACCCAGCUGGGCCUGUAUUAAAUUUCCUUCUGCCUUCAGUUUAGUAGGGUCUUAGUGAGUCUGCACUGAGCCAUGGCAGGGAAACAUUGACCUGAGGCAUGUAGCUGUU